AGGGAGCAGCUGCAGAGGGGCUAAACAGGUCGACUGCCCCUGGCCUGGAAAUACCAUAACAAACAACACAGAUUUAAAAACAGUAUGCAGCAGUGAUGACAUACGUUGCAUAACAAUUGUAUUGAUGCCACGAAGUGUCUAUCAGAAGCUUUUCAAAACUUUCUUGCUGGAUCUGAUUUGUUAAUUUGGGCUGUGCUUUAGCUUUGCGUGAAGGAUAAAAGCUGUGGAGCUGAACGGCUCGUCUGCUGUACUUUUCCAUAACACACUGACAGUACUGAUGAGUCAGGACAUGUUCACACUGGUGCAACUCUCUCAAGUAAGGGACGUGACUUCAGGAUUUUCGAAAUGGUGGAACUCAUAACUUAAAAAGAGAGAUCAAAUCCUCAGGCAUCUGCACACUGCAUGGCUUACUCUCAUAGUGUUUAUUCUGGUAUCACUAGACAACCCAUGUGAAAAUAUGAAUAUCUUGUGUAUGAGAACACAUUAUUACAUACAUAUUACACAUUCUGUAUAGCGCUGGUUUCCAACGUUUCCACAUUUCCAACUACCCCUGAAGCUUUGCCGACCCCUAGGGGGCAUCAUGAUUCUAAAAGUUGUGAAGCAUUUUUUUAAAUAAAUGACAUUUAGCCUUUGUCUGAGGAUUUCAUUCAAUUCUGUGAAUAACACCAAAUCAAAGUUUGGAUUAUCAAAAUAUAAUUUUAUUUUAAAAAAUCUUAUAGUGAACAGGACUGCAUUAGAAACAGAGAAAAACAUCCGAACGGUCCGGGAGAAGAGCACAGUGAAUCUGCUGAAAAAGGCCCUAUAAAUAUAAAUGAUUAAAGAUAUAGAACAUUACCAUACAGACCAAAUUGUCCUCCCUUAAGUAGAAAGUAAAACUAAUCUCUGAUGCAAUGUUUACAGGAAAUAAUCUUCUCUAAAUUGUUUCAAAUUGCUUCUUUUACACACAUUUUCUGUUAUUACUGUGUUGUUCUAACAACUUUACUGUUGCUGUAGUUCCCUCAGCCUCAGGCACCAGCAUUAAAAACUGAUCACAUCAAGACUUGCGCAGCCCGAGCGAAGCAGCCAGCAGCCAGCAGCAUCUAUGUUUACAGCUGCCUGCUCACAAUGCUGCCCAAAAAGUGAAUACUUCGUUAGAAACACAUGACACUUUAUCAAAAGAACUCACAUACUAUUCUACAUAUAUAUAUAUAUAUAUAUAUACAGAUACAAAAAACCCCCCACAAAUCUAGACUUAACUCAAUCAUUUCUGUUUCCUCUUUUGUCACAAAACACAGACGGUAGUAAGAGGAGACACAAUAAAAACUCUUCAUCUAUAUUAUUGUUUUUGUUUUGGGGGUAUUGGUUUACUUACCGUACAUAGUAACACUGUCAUCUUUGACUGGAUUAGAAACCCACAUGUUUUGGAGACUGGGUUCCCCUUCUGUGCUCCUCCCCUUCCUCCUCUCCCUUCACAUCUGCAUCCAGGGAUAGAUGAGGUCACCCCAGACUGAGGAGUGUGUUGGAGGCGGUUCUGAUGCUAAUAUAAGACCCUGCAUGUAUCACAGGAAAGGAGCUCUUGUGAGUGUCAGGCAGUGUACACACACUUUGACAGAGAGAAGGCCUGCCAUCAUGGGACAUACUCUGAUUAGACAAAGUGAGUUAGCUGAGGCUGCUGAUGGGGAUGUGAUGAUGGAUCUGGGCCCAGACAAGUCUGUGCUCAUCCUCAUCCAACACUGCCGGGAAAUGAAGCGGCAGGAGACAUGCCUCCGACUCAUCACUCUGCUGCUGCUGCUCAGCUGCACGGCGCUCUUCAUCUUCGCCAUGUGGGCUGGUUUCAGACAAAGUGGAUCCAAAGAAGAAGUGAUCAAUAAUGAGCAAAGUCCAGCCUACUCCAAACAAGAGACAAAUGCUUCUGCAGAUGAUCCUCGGAAAGCAACCUCACUGCACAUCAGUCUCAGGUCUUUGCCCGUUCCUGGAGACAACAAGUACAUCGAAUGGGAGUCUGUGUUUGGUCAACCGGUCUACAAAGACACAGAGAAAAUUGAGAUUCCUGAGAAUGGCUUCUAUUUUGUCUAUGUAAAAUUUGAUUUAACCUGCUCCAAUCACACCUUCACCAAGUUUGAAGUGGUGCUUCACAAAAGUAACAUAGGCCACCCCUCUAAUCAAACCCUGACGACGGUCAACGAAGAUUUAAGGUGCAAACCAGGUCACUCCAGGAAUGUGUUUGUAGGGCAGCUUUUUGAUUUGCUUAAAGACGAUUGUGUGAGGGUGUUGAUAAGGAAGGGCUUUGACCUCAUCAACAAAUCAACAUUUGGUGCUUACUCUGUAUAGAGAAUAUGCCUUGAUGAAAAUACAUUAAUUAUGGUGCACAUAUUCAUUGUCUCAGUCUCACUAAUAUAUUUUUUUUAUUUAAAUGGGUUAUUUAUAAUCACAUAUUAUUUAUAAGCUGUGUAUGCCUUCUAGGAAUCAUUCAACUCAGUGGUCAGGUUUGAAAGUUAAACCCUGACACAGAUAGGGAGGGUAUAUUACAUUACAUCUCUGGUUUGUAAGGAUACAAAUUCGGAAGAACAACAAUGUGUAAGUGCCUUAGCUGUCAAUAAACCAGCCUCUUUAAGAGCUCUGUGCAGACACAAGAUCAGUUGUUCCAUCAAGCUGUUUUCCAGGACAGCUUUCAUGCCAAAUACAACAGUUGUGAAUGAAAUGUUGUUGUGUUUAUAGCAGGGACAUUUGAAAUCAAUCAACAUCUCAACCUCUGGUCACCUGGAAAGCCUAACAACAUGAAUACUAAUCAUUUAAUUGAAUACUAGUCAUUUCAAUCUUUAGAGUCUUGUUUUUUUCGUUAGAGUAUUUAUUGACAUGUACAGAUGAUAGAAACGUGAAUAGUCUCUGGCCAUAAGACCCCACCAUAUUACUCAGAGAUCAUUUUUUUUAGUUAUGAAGGACAAACAUAUAUAAUGAAUAUGAAGUAAUGUACAAACAGAAUUUAAAGUUAGUGUCAUGUAUGGCAGUAUCUGUGUCAUCACCACAAUUCUGAUUGUAUUGGACUCAUUGGAUCAUUUGUCUGUUACAUUGAAUUAUACUGUGAGGUGGCAAUCCCUCGUUGUAAAAUGUGUUUAAAUGAACUGUAAUGUUAUGUUCAUUCACGUCAUUGCCUUGUUGUUUUAAUUGCCUCCUUUCAAUUGUGUUGGCAUCUUGGAGAGAUUGGUUUGAAUCGGAACAUUUUUCCUGCUGUGAUCCUUCGAGAUAUCUAAUGUUUUAUUGGGCUGUAGAAAUAAACUUGAGUCUAAAAUAUGUAUAA